AUGGAGCGGUUAAAAUUCUGGAUUUUAAGUGUGAUUCUACAUUUUGUGUCUUGCCAAGAAAGUGCGACUAAAUCCUGCCAUUUGGAACACAAGCCGGGAAGUAAAUAUUUUCCCUCUACCUUUAAGUUUGGCGUGGCAACAGCUGCCUAUCAAAUUGAGGGUGGUUGGAAUGCUGAUGGCAGAGGACCCUCAAUAUGGGAUACAUAUACCCAUGAACAUCCCGAAAUGAUUGUGGACCAUUCGACAGCAGAUGUGGGACCGGAUUCUUAUCAUUUAUUCGAUAAGGAUUUGGAAGCUUUAAAGGAACUAAAGGUAAAUUUCUAUCGUUUUUCCAUUUCAUGGUCCCGUAUACUACCCGACGGCUCCAUCACAUCGAAAAACCAAAAAGGCAUUGAUUAUUACAAUAUGGUCAUUGAUAAACUGUUGGCCAAUGGCAUUGAACCAAUGGUCACAAUGUUCCACUAUGACUUGCCCGAGGCAUUGAACUUGUAUGGUGGCUUCACAAAUCUGCUUUUGAUAAAAUAUUUCCUUGAUUAUGCGAAAAUUUUAUUUGAAAACUUUGGCGAUCGUGUUAAGCUGUGGAUUACCUUUAACGAACCCUAUGACUACUGUAUGCCCGGUUAUGGUGAAGGAAAUUUUCCACCCAUGGGCAAAGAUUCGGGUAUUGCGGAUUAUCUUUGCAUGGAUACAACAUUAAAGGCUCAUGCCGAAACCUAUCGCCUCUACAAGAGAGAUUAUUUCGAAAAACAACAGGGUAAAAUUGGCAUAACAAUUAGUUCGAGAUUUUAUUUUUCAAAAACGAAUAACACAACUCUCAUAGAUCGGGCCAUGCAGUAUUCGUUAGGUUGGUUGACCUAUCCCAUAUUUGGUGAGACGGGCAACUAUCCCCAAAUUAUAAUCGAUGACAUUGCCGAGAAUAGCCGCAAAGAAGGCCGAACAUAUUCACGUCUACCAAUUCUAAGUGAACAGGACAAGAAUCUAAUAAAACACUCGGCAGAUUUUCUGGGCUUAAAUUAUUAUACUUCACGUUAUGUUGAUGUUGCCGAACCGCCUAGAGGUAAAAAACCAUCUUGGGAUUAUGAUUCACGCUUAAAAUAUGCCUUGGAUCCGACAUGGAAAAGAGCAAAAUCAUCCUGGUUGUAUUGUGUACCACAAGGUCUGGAGGGGUUACUAAAUUGGAUCCGUUUAAGUUUCAAUAACAUUGAGGUUAUGAUAACUGAAAAUGGCUGGUCGGACGAGGGACAGUUGGAUGAUAUCGAACGCAUAGAUUAUUUGAAGGCUCAUUUGCAGGCCGUUUUAAAUGCCAUUAAUGAUGGAUGCAAUGUAACGCAUUACUCCCACUGGAGUUUAAUUGAUAACUUUGAAUGGCAAAAGGGUUAUACAGAAAAAUUUGGAUUAUACUACGUGAACAGCGGCAGUGUCAAUAAAGAUCGAAUUGCCAAAUAUUCAGCACGUUAUUAUAAGGGUGUUAUUAAAACUAAAACUAUUCAAGCGGAAAAUGUUUAA